UUAAUGUCGGGGGUCCAAAUGGGGCUGCUUGCUAACCCGAGCGUGAGGCUGAAGGCAAUGGAGAACGUGGGGGGCACGGCGCCGAGACAUGCGCACCCCCACAGCCCUCUGCGCCCCCCAGGAUACAUGCUAGAGCUCUACCGAAAGCUGAGGUCGGACAAGCGUCUCGGGGUGACACCUGCCGAGACUGCGCUGCCCAGGAAUUCGGACACAAUCCGCAGCAUUCCAGCGAAGGGACGACAGGAGACAUCGCGCGGGUGGCGUCUCAACUUUGACCUCUCCUCCGUGCCGGGUGACGAGACACUCCAGUUCGCCGAGAUCCGCUUUCGGCCGCCCCCGCGGGCGCAGGACGAGUCGACCAGGCGCGGGCCCACCUGCUCGGUGGAGAUCUACCACACCUCGCCGCCCGUGUUCGGCGAGGAGCCUGCAGAUCAGCUCGUCGGCUCCUUCACCACCCCCAAGUUCCACUGCGGUGGUGGCGGCGGUGGCGGCGGUGGCGGCGGUGGCGGUGUGGCCGCCGCAUCCGCGUGGAGGAUCGUCGAUUUCACGGAGGACCUGAGGAAGUGGCUUCAUCACCGGCACCUGACGGCCAUCCUCAGAAGGGGACUCGAAGCCGCCGGUGGUGGAGUCGAUGCCGGUCGGAGCCCGCCACAGCCGGCUAGAGCACGCGACAACUUCACGGAUGCCGGGGCGCGCCCGCACAGGAGGUGGAUGUCGAGGCAAGCAGAGGAGCCAGCUACCAUGGUGGUGUUCUCCCGGCUCGACGAGGCGGAGGGCGGCCGCGGCAGCGUCUCGCUGCUGCACCACACCGUGGGGCACAAGCCGCACGCGCCGCUCUUCUCGGACGAGUGGCGCUCGCCGGCUCGGGGCGGGAGUCCCCUCGCCGACGAGGCGCCAUCGAGCAGCCGGCGGCACAAGCGCAACGGCCACGGAGGAGGGGCAAAUGCGGCGGUGCACGGGCGCAAGGACGGACUGCGGGGAGGGCACGGGGGCCAGCAGGGCAGAGCUGGACCUGAAAUCAUUCACAGGGCCAUGACACAGUGA